CAUAUGAUCAUUGUAUAUCCCAAAAAUAGAGCAUAUGAUCAUGCAACUUUGAUGUCGAUGUGAGCUUAUGGCGUCUUUCUUUAGAAGGAGUAUUGCAUCGAAGCUGUCAAGGAUUUUGGGACAGUCCGAAGAAGUAUUCAUAGGAGCUCUCUCUGCAGUUCCAGUCUCAAAGAAACAUUUGUCUCCGGAUUUUAGGCUCUCGCUGAGCACGUUAGUAAAGAAUGGGGUCAUCUCACCCAAAGGAGACAUCCAAUCACAGACAGAGGCCCUGGCCAAAGAGUUGGAGCAAGACAGUGUUGUGGAAGAGAUAUCUGCUGGACGUGGAGUAAUAAACUUUACAAUCAGCCGGAAAGUCCUGGUAGAGAAAAUAUUACAGCAGUUAGGAGAGAGAGAUUUUAAGUUUGGUGCAAAAAGUGAACUUUUUGCUAGCCUUGAAAGAGGAACAACAUUGGUGGAAUUUAGUUCUCCAAAUAUAGCAAAAAAGUUUCAUGCGGGGCAUCUGCGUUCUACAAUGAUUGGUAACUUCAUUGCCAAUCUAAAAGCAUCAUUGGGAAAUGAUGUUAUAAGAGUGAACUACCUAGGAGACUGGGGCAUGCAGUUUGGAAUGCUAGGUGUUGGAUAUCAGCGUUUUGGUUGUCAGGAACAAUUGAAAAAGAAUCCCCUACAGCACCUUUUUGAUGUCUAUGUUCAGGUGAACAGAGAAGCAGAGACCUGUGAUGACAUAUCCCAGGCUGCCAGAACAUUUUUCAGGCAGCUGGAAAAACAUGAGCACCAGGCCUUGUCACUAUGGCAACAGUUCAGAGAGAUCACAGUGGAGGAGUACCAGAAGGUGUACAAGCGUCUUGGGGUCCAGUUUGAUGUCUACUCUGGGGAGUCUUUUCAUCAGGAACAAGCCCGGGAGGUAGUGCAUCAGCUCCAGACCCAAGGCCUGUUGAAAACUACUGAGAGAGGUACAAGUGUGGUGGAUCUCUCCCCAUCUGGAGACAUGUCCAGAUAUGCUACCGUCCUUCGCAGUGAUGGGACUUCUCUCUAUAUCACCAGAGAUAUUGCUGCAGCCAUAAAUCGAAAAGAACAGUAUAACUUUGAUGAGAUGAUAUAUGUGACAGACAAAAGUCAAGGAACACAUUUCCAGCAGCUGUUCCAGAUCCUAUCGACUAUGGGGCACCCAUGGGCUGAGAGGUGCCGCCACGUGGAGUUCGGCCUGGUGCAGGGGAUGAAAACGAGGCGUGGGGAAGUCGUGUUCCUGGAGGAUGUGCUGGAUGAGGCCCGGGCCAGGAUGAUGAAGAACAUGAGCCAGUCCAAGACCACCAAGCAACUGGACGAUCCAGAGAAUACAGCUGAAAAAGUGGGGAUAAGUGCUCUUAUAGUUCAGGACUUUAAAGGACCCCUGACAUCAGAUUAUACGUUUGACUGGGACAGGAUGCUUCAAGCACACGGUGACACAGGGGUGUUCCUUCAGUACACUCACGCACGCCUUUGCAGUUUGAUUCAGAGAUAUGGAGAUGGGGCCGGAGGUGCCUGUGACCCGUCACUUCUACUGGAGCAGAGGAGCGUUGCAGUGUUCCAGCACCUCCUUCGCUAUGACGAGGUUCUAUACCAGUCUUUACAGGAUCUGCAGCCCAAACAUGUUGUCAACUUUCUCCUGACACUUUGUCACCUGGCCAGCUCUGCUCACAGGGAGCUUCAGGUGGGGGAAAGAACUCCAAAUGUUGCCCAGGCAAGGUUGAGGCUGUUUAGCGGGAUCUGCUCUGUCCUGGCCAGCGGGAUGAGAAUCCUGGGUAUUACACCGGUAAAGAAAAUGUAGCUAACAUUGAAGUGUACAAACCACAACUGUAUGCAAGUUGUCUCUGUUGUGUAAUGUAAAUACAUGUAAAGAGCCUUAUUAUAACCAAACAUGAUCAUGUUAAAUAAAUAGACCACAUUUUUCCAUGGGUAUGUGUCAUUUACAGUCUUAUAUAAACGCCUUUUGUGUAUUCAGUUCAGUCAUGUACAGACAAAAACACAACAUACAUACUAAUCACAGAAAUGUGUUGCCGCUAGGACAUUAUCAAACAUGUUUAACAG